CGGUUCCGGUUCCGUUUUGCAAGGAAUCCUCCCGGCGCUGCCGCCGCUGCCGCAUCUGCCCCGCGCGUCGAGAAGGGCCCGGACCCUUCGGGAGGGCCAUAGAGAGGGGACUGGAUAGAGCGGCUUUCUCUGUGUCUGGAUUUCUCUGCAUUGCCUGGGAGACGGGAAAGCCCGGGGCGAAGUCCUCUCCAAGACUGGACCAGGCCGAGGUUUUCCAAAGGGGCGAAGCCUGAAUCGCCUUCUCCCUGAAGCCUGAACCCUUCUCCCUCCCUCUCAUCCGCUCGACUCGGAAUUUACCGUUACUCCUGAAGCGUGCCCUGACAUCUGACCCUCGGUCUCGACCCUGGACUGGUCCCUGACCUUCCUGUAUGUGUGACCUUUGAACUCAGCUCGAUUCCUAUCUUCUUUAGAUCAGAAGAGGCGCCUCCUUAUCAUUCUCAUCGUUCUUUUACAUUUUUGUUGUUCCUCUAAGGCUGUUGGUCAAACAAUCCUCUGUUCCUUAUUUCACUCCUGAGCACUCUGCUGUUUUAGACCCUUAUCCCUGCCCCGUUAACCGCCUGAGAGGUCACUUUAAAACAGUGGGCUUCCUUACCUACCCAGUUUGCCAAGAUUCCCCCAUUUUUAAAACUAGAUCGUUGGCUAUGCCCCCUGGCUGGGGGAAGUGGGGAGGCUGAAACACCAGCCCUGGACCCAGGGGGCUCUGAUCGUGGUAUUGUUCCUGAUCUAUCAGCUUGCCUAAUGCCUUAACCCACCUGGAGCCUAGAAGAGAAGAAUCCAUCAAAAAUUGCCUGGGGAAUCUGGGAAAGAAGAAAUAGUGAAAUCAUUUUUCUGCCCAGGUGCACCUCAGAAUGGCUGCCAAGCCCAGGUGGCCACAGAGGGGUCAUGCGGCACGCUGAGGAGAGCAGUCAAGUGGCACAAAAGCAGUCGCUGCCUUAAGGGAUCCUUCCUUUUUUUGAGGACAGUUUGACCUGGAGAACCCCUGUUCCCACAUUAGCAAAUCCCAUUCCAAGACUGCCAACAGGAAGUUUUUAGGAACAGGAAGAGACUGCUGUCACUGCUAUCUGCCACCAUGUCGACUUCUUCACUGCGCCGCCAGAUGAAAAACAUCGUGCAUAACUACUCUGAGGCAGAGAUCAAGGUGCGGGAGGCCACGUCCAAUGACCCAUGGGGCCCCUCCAGCUCCCUUAUGUCUGAAAUUGCUGACCUCACAUACAAUGUGGUGGCCUUCUCCGAAAUCAUGAGCAUGAUCUGGAAACGUCUCAAUGACCACGGCAAGAAUUGGCGUCAUGUUUAUAAGGCCAUGACGCUGAUGGAGUACCUGAUCAAGACAGGCUCAGAGCGGGUGGCCCAGCAAUGCAAAGAGAACAUCUAUGCCAUCCAGACACUCAAGGAUUUCCAGUAUGUUGAUCGUGAUGGCAAGGACCAAGGGGUCAAUGUUCGAGAGAAGGCCAAGCAGCUGGUGGCCCUUCUCAAGGACGACGAGCGCCUCAAAGAGGAGCGGGCCCACGCUCUCAAAACUAAGGAGAAGCUGGCCCAGACUGCGACCGCUUCUUCAGCUUCCUCAUCUUUGGCAAAUGCCCCUGUGGAAGCGGAGCAGGCUUGGCCCCAGAGCAGUGGGGAAGAGGAGCUGCAGCUACAGCUGGCGCUGGCCAUGAGCAAAGAGGAAGCGGAGCAGGUAAGCGCCAAGCCCCCUGCAGUGGCCGACGAAGACCUACAGCUCCAGCUAGCCCUUAGCUUGAGCAAAGAGGAACACGACAAGGAGGAGCGGAUCCGACGCGGGGAUGACCUACGACUCCAGAUGGCCAUUGAGGAGAGCAAAAAGGAGACCGUGCCUGCUAAGGAGGAGUCAUCCCUGAUGGAUCUCGCAGAUGUCUUCACCACCCCACCAACAACCGACCCCUGGGGUGCCCCUCCUCCUGCUGACCCCUGGGGUGGCCCUGCCCCAGUUGUAUCCGCAGCUCCUGCCGACCCAUGGGGACCACCCACUACCACGGCAGCCUCCACAGGGGAUCCAUGGGGGACUUCCGCAGCACCUCCUGCAGUCCCCCCAUCAGAUCCAUGGGGAGGCACUCCAGCUGCAAGCAGUGACCCCUGGAAACCUGAACGCGGGGGUUCUGCUGGGACUGCAGCAGCACCGCCCACAGACCCGUGGUCUUCGGGCCCAGCUCCCACAUCCCAAGGGAAGCCUGCACCUGACCCUUGGGCCCCAGCAUCCACUUUUUCAGAUCCAUGGGGUGGCUCCCCUUCCAAACCCAGUACCAAUGGCACGGCAGCUGGCGGAGGCUUUGAGCAGUUUGGUGGCCCCGGGGAUGGGGACGAAUUCUCGGAUUUUGACAGCCUGCGCCCGGCACUGCCCAAAUCUGGCAGCAGCACAGGCGAGCUGGCACUCUUGGCCGGGGAGGUGCCUGUCUGCCGUGCCGGCAGCGGCACUGACAGCCCCAAUGCAUUUGAUAUGGCAGCCAUGAGUGGGUCUCUGCCAGAGAUUUCCAAGCCAACCCGCAAGACCCCUGAGUCGUUCCUGGGUCCCAACGCUGCCCUUGUGGAUCUGGACUCGUUGGUCAGCAAACCCACCGCUCCCACCAGCAGCGUGAAGGCCUCCAACCCCUUCCUGCCGGCUGGUUCAGCCUCUGCCCCUGCCCCAUCCGCCUCCACCACAAACCCCUUCCAGGCGACAGCAAGCACUCCACUUUCUCUCAACCAACUUCGUGUCAGUCCAGUUCUCCCUUUAUCCCAGCCAGCGCCCCCAGCUUUUCCUGCCACGGCUCCGAUGGUGUCUGUCUCUCCCAUGGCCCCUGGGAUGCCCUUAGCCACCGUCUCCCCCAUGGUGGGGGUGCAGCCUUUGGGCCCUGUUCCACCUAUGGGGCUCCCUGCCAUGGGGCUGCCCACUCAGACCCUGCCGCCUGCCGGCAUAGUCCCCAGCAGCACCUCAGCCUCGGCGGUGGGGAGCACCAACCCCUUCUUGCUAUAAUCAGUGGGGCCUUUUCAGCUCUGUGGUGACUACCCUGCCACCCCCUUCACUCCCCAUAUUCCCAAUUUGCAAUGGGGCCCCUAAGAUCCUGCCCACUGAGCAGGGCAGCUGGGCUUGGGCAGGAGGGGGAUGGAAGGAGGGCGGGAGGGUUGGAUGGAAGGAAGGAAGGAAGGAAGGAAGGAAGGAAGGAAGGAAGGGGAGAAACUUAAGUCCUUACCAUGAGUUUCUUUGUCUCCAUGUUGGGGAUAGGACAGACUUUUCCCCUUUUGGUUUUGGGGUGGGUGACCAUUAAGGACCCCCCUGAAACCCCACUACAUUGCUCUUCAGCAUGAAGGGGAAGACCCAGUUCUGCUGCCAAGGCCAAGCACCGGCAGUGGCGACUCAAAGUUGCCCUGAGGCUCACACAGCUAAUGGGAGGGAGCGCAGCAGCAGCAGCAGCAGAACUGGCAACCGCCCAGGGUGGGUGUCCUCUCCAGAGGUUUUUUCUUCUCUUUUUUGCGCCCUGUCUACUUUGGAAGCAACCGAUUUAGAAUAUGUUUCUCCUCAACCACACCUUGAGUCAUAAAUCUCUCUCCUAUCUCUGCAGAAGGGGUGCAGAAAGGGAAAUAGUGAAACCUUUACCUCUAGGCCCUUUCAAAUAUAGUUCCCUGCUGGUGGGAAGGACAGCGCCCCUUAAAUCAUGCUGGGCUUCUCCUCCUAGACCACCCCCCUCUCCAUUUCACACAUUGAUUACAUCUUCCCCAUCCCUUCCUCCCCUUAGCUGGGACCAGCCUUUUUUUUUUUUUUUUUUGGUGGGGUGAGGGUAGAAGUGGGGCUGGGGAUGAAGUCAGCAGUGCCCUUCACACUACACUGGGGGAUGGUUGAGACACUGGGAAUACUCGUCUCUCCCAUCUCUGGGGACAAGAGGGAUACCACUAAACUACGGACAGAGACCAAAGCUGAAUCCAGGAAGGGGAGCUGGGCCACAGUGCUGGGGCCCAGUGCCACCCCUUGUGAUUUGCCAUCUGCAGCCUCCAGAUCUGAAGAGAACCAGCUCUUAGAAGCAGCAUGGGACCCCAUCACUCUGUUACGGGGAGCCUUGAAACCACCCGCCCAGCCUACUGUGAAGGGAAAACCUGGAAGCUGUCAAAGGUUUGACGCUCUGAGAUUCCGGAAGCAUUCGUAGGCGAAACUGCCUGAAGUGAAACCCUUGCAGGGAUUGCCAGUUCCUGGAAGCUCCCAAAGAGCCAAAGCCUCCUAUGGAUUUUGGGACAGCGAGAUUUAAAGUCACUCCUCCCCCACCCCAUAUUCCAUAAUCUGCAGACUGUGGCGGGCUGAAAGGAUGACUCUGGUGAGAGGCAUAGCAAAAGCCCCAGGGAGCCUGUGAAGGACACAGCCCGCCGUGCAAGCGGCCUUGAAAGGGACAGAAGCAGGCGCCCGCAAUUCUCCCUCCGCCAGCCCUGCACACCGCUUUGAAGAGGGCAGGGGCAACACCACAAUCCUCGUGGCAGCACUCUUCGCACAGGUGGCACCCGCGCCAUCAACUUCCGGCGUGCGACCUCCCUCCUUUCCUCCCCCCCUGCAACCCCCCCCCGGGCGUGGUCUUUGUGCUCUGGUGACUGGCGCGUGAAAGGGCUGCUUCGACGUACGGCAGGGCCUUGCCGCCUUUAUCUGGCCAGCUCAGCGCCAAGAAGCAUCAGCUGUUCUUGAGACUGGUUGAAAAAGAAGGGUGGGGUCGCUGGAUGGCUGUUUCUGCCCUUUCUAGAGCAGCAGCUUUGAGGACGGGGGUGUUGGAAGGGGGGGGGGGUCAAAGGCCAUGUGUGUUUGUGUGCGUGUGUGUGUGCGUGCGCGUGUGUAGCUGCUGUGAUUGUCAGUUCCUGUUUUAUGCUACUGGGGGUGGGUGGGGCACUCAUGUAACACCCAGGACAAUCUGCUAGAUCCUUCAUUUCCUCUCCCCCCCCCCAAAAAAAAAUCUUGCAAUGGUGUUUCCUACUUCUCUCUGCCACCAAAACCAAUCAUGCCAGGGAAUCAUUUCCCCGACACAUCAGUAUAUUUGAAGAAUCAUUGUGUCAUUGGUCAGGGCAGGGGGUAGAGGAGAGUGAUCCUGGCUGUGUGUGACCCUCCCUCUUGGCUCUGUCUCUCCUCCCCCACCCCCUUCCCAGUCCCCAACCUUAUACUGGUAUGCAUCAGAAAACUGCUAUUGAUGAAAUGAAAUAAAUGGAAAUUCUUCUAUGGCA